UUGUCUUGCUCUCCUCCGCUGGGAGACCUGUCCCCACAGACCUGUUCCUAGGGCAAGACCUGGUCGCGUCCCCGGACGUCCUGUGAAGCCUUCAGACAGGCUACGCGAGGGUCCUCCAGGUCCCACCAUGAGGCCCCAGCCCCUCCGGAGCCCCCGUGCUCUGCCGGCCCUGGGCGCACCGCGCUAGCCCGCCGGGCCCUUGGGUGGCGCGGUGGCCAUGGCCAGCCACGUGGACCUGCUGACCGAGCUGCAGCUGCUGGAGAAGGUGCCCACGCUGGAGCGGCUGCGUGCCGCCCAGAAGCGCCGGGCCCAGCAGCUGAAGAAGUGGGCGCAGUACGAGCAGGACCUGCAGCACCGCAAGCGCAAGCACGAGCGGAAGCGCAGCGCGGGGGGCCGCCGCAAGAAGGUGUCCUUCGAGGCCAGCGUGGCGCUGCUGGAGGCCUCUCUGCGGAACGACGCCGAGGAAGUGCGCUACUUCUUGAAGAAUAAGGUUAGCCCCGAUUUGUGCAAUGAGGAUGGACUCACAGCCCUGCACCAGUGCUGCAUCGACAACUUUGAGGAAAUUGUCAAGUUGCUCCUUUCCCAUGGUGCGAACGUGAACGCCAAGGACAAUGAGCUGUGGACACCCCUGCACGCGGCAGCCACCUGCGGCCACAUCAACCUGGUGAAGAUCCUCGUUCAGUAUGGGGCUGACUUGCUUGCUGUCAACUCUGAUGGGAACAUGCCAUAUGACCUCUGCGAGGACGAGCCCACCCUGGAUGUCAUUGAGACCUGCAUGGCGUACCAGGGAAUCACCCAGGAGAAAAUCAACGAGAUGCGGGCGGCCCCUGAGCAGCAGAUGAUCUCGGACAUCCAUUGUAUGAUUGCAGCUGGCCAGGACCUUGACUGGACAGAUGCCCAGGGUGCCACAUUGCUGCACAUAGCUGGAGCCCAUGGAUACCUGCGUGCAGCUGAGCUCCUCCUGGACCACGGAGUCCGUGUGGAUGUGAAGGACUGGGAUGGCUGGGAGCCCCUGCAUGCAGCAGCCUUCUGGGGACAGAUGCAGAUGGCAGAGCUACUGGUGUCCCAUGGAGCUAGUCUCAGUGCAAGGACUUCCAUGGAUGAGAUGCCAAUAGACCUGUGUGAGGAGGAGGAGUUCAAGGUCCUGCUGCUGGAGCUCAAGCACAAGCAUGAUGUGAUCAUGAAGUCACAGCUGAGGCACAAGUCGUCCCUGAGCCGGAGGACAUCCAGCGCGGGCAGCCGUGGGAAGGUGGUGCGUCGAGCCAGCCUUUCGGACAGGACCAACCUAUACAGAAAGGAGUACGAGGGCGAGGCCAUACUGUGGCAGCAGCGGAGCGCAGCCGAGGAUCAGCGCACCUCCACCUACAAUGGGGACAUCCGGGAGACCAGGACAGACCAAGAGAAUAAGGACCCAAACCCCAGGCUGGAGAAGCCCGUGCUGCUCUCAGAAUUUUCUACCAAGAUCUCCCGGGGUGAACUGGAUGGGCCUGUUGAGAAUGGCCUCCGGGGCCCAGUCAGUGCCUACCAGUAUGCACUGUCCAACGGGGAUGUCUGGAAGGUGCACGAGGUGCCUGACUACAGCAUGGCCUACAGCAGCCCCAGCGUGGCCGACGCCACCCCGCCCUGGAGCGGCUACAAGGAGCAGAGCCCCCAGACGCUUCUGGAGCUAAAGCGCCAGCGGGCUGCAGCCAAGCUGCUCAGCCACCCCUUCCUGAGCACCCAUCUGGGCAGCAGCAUGGCCAGGACCGGGGAGAGCAGCAACGAAGGCAAGGCCCCCUUGAUCGGAGGCAGAACUUCACCCUACAGCAGCAACGGGACCUCCGUGUAUUACACGGUCACCAGUGGAGAUCCCCCGCUCUUAAAGUUCAAGGCCCCCAUGGAGGAGAUGGAGGAGAAGGUCCACGGCUGCUGCCGUAUCUCCUAGUCUCGGUGUGCUGGAGGAGAGAGAUGCCUGGGGAGGGUCCCUGGAAUCCAGGCCAGCCCAACUGCCCUGACUGGGGAGGCAUCACAGGGCAGCCGGGGAGAGGUGGGCUCUGCCUUCCAUAGGAAUGCGGACCCCACCCCUUGGCAGCUGUCACAGCGUCCCCACUCCCCACAGUUCUGCUUCUUGCUGCAUUGUCUGCCAUCUGAAACACAGUGGCCCCCACUCACUCUGCUGCCAGACUGGGGGAGGGCGGGCGGGCUUGGGACCUUAGUUCUGUUCUUGAUAAAGGCUUCUGAGGAUCAGUACUCCCACGUCUCUUCGCGCGCGCGCRCACACACACACACACACACACACACACACACACACACACUCUCGUGAACUGUCAAUCCACAUGUUCAGGAAUGACACCUGGGCUCAUGGAGAGCCGGGGGGGCUGAGAAUUUGUGGGCCAUUCCCAAAAGGACUGAAGUGAAGACGGUCUUGGCACCACAGCCAGGUGGCUUAAAUGGGAGGAACCUGUGAAGCUGAGACCCACAGUCCUGUUCAGAGUUGUACCAGGGUCCUGGGCUACCAUCCACACCUGGCAGGGAGAGGAAGUCCUCUCUAUGUUCAGGGGAAGCCAGGGUGAGAUGUGAUGGGCACAUCCUUGCUGAGAGCUGCCCUCCUGUCCAUAUCAGGACACAGGAGCUGUGUGACCACCUAGGGGCUAAGUGGAAAACCAAGCCAUUCUACUCUGAUUUUGCUCUAGGUGGAGGUAUAAAGGGGUGGGAUGGAGAGGGAUGCAGCAAAGUCAGUGUUUCCAGACUACAUUUGAUGAAAACAUCCUUUUAGGCUGUAAAACUCCAGGUUGGAAGUAACUGAAUUCACUUUCUCCCACGAUGGUGUCAAGAUCAGGUUUACCCGUUGGUGUUGGAAAAAUGAAGCUAAGCCAGGAGCUUUGGUUAAGAGGCCCUUUUCCAGGGAGAGGGAUGACUUAAUUUCUGAGAACAUUUCUGGUGAGCAGUGACAGAGCCCAGCCCUUCUUUGUAAUUGAUUCGGGUUGUUUUGGUCCCGUGCAUCUCAGCUAGCCCUCCUCAGACUGAGCCACCAGGGUGAGCAGUUGGGAAGCCUGUGCCCCACGUCUUCUGCCUUACAUAUCAGUCAAGUGUGCAGAGUGAAUGCUCAGGCCCCAGGCCCCGCUUUGCCUUUUCUGGAAUGUUCAGUGAGAGGAGUUUGCCAGUUAGCUCUUGUGAGUUCCUGACUGGCCCUAGGGCUCCCAGCCUGCUCCCACUGGGGUAGUGGUACCCCAAGGCUGCAAAUCCAAGGUGCCCAUGGCCAACAUCCUGUACUGCUUUCAGGAGAGGAGUGGGCUUCUCCCUGGCCCUACAAUGUCAUAGCCCUGGUCGCCCUGAUGCCAUCUCACCAUUGCAUUAUCUCAUGAGCCCCUUUGAAACUCUCACCCUUGAGUCAGGCGCCAUCCACAGGCUCAGCCAAAUCCUACUGGUGUAACUGACAAGCUGCAGGUUUGUUUCCUGCUCUGUGCGCCUUUAUUUAUCCUAAAACUACCUCCUUAGAGCUCUGAAGGAGCCUUCUAGGUCCAGAUUCUGAUGUGGGGAACAGAUCAGGGAUCCCUCUAACCUUCUUUCUGAGCCUGUGAGAAUUCUCCCUGGGUCAGGGGACUGGGGCUGGAGGAGCCCCUGCCUUGUGCCACAACCUAGUAAUGGGGUCUGCUCUAUGUCAGUCUCUGUCCUGUCUGUGGCCCCCAUGGCUCCUAUAUCCCAGAGAGGAAGCAGGACCUCAAGGGGUCUGGUUGAUGCUUUGCCAAGAGCACAGCAGCUGGGCCAGAGAGUGGCCCUGGUGGCUGCAGGAGCAGAUCUCCCAGUACCUGGUCACCCCACUCCAACUCCAGGACAGAGGAAUCUAGGGCACAGGUGCAGCAUUGGAGACUGAAGUCGGGUGUGCAUGACACCUCUCGCCUCUCUGGGGUCUGGGAGUAGAAUCUCCAUCAACUCAGCAUAUGGCAAAAGCAGGAGAAUAUCCAAAAAAACCAUACUUCUGGCUUUAAAAUAGUAUGCAACUCCACUAACACUGAGAUGCCUCUGUGGCCAACUUGGCCUACAAGGUGGGGCAUGCCUGGGCAGCCCCCCUCCUCAGGAAACAACUCUGCAGGUGUUCUGAUCUUCCUGAGCAGGGGCCAGGGACUAAAGGCAUCUACUUCCCAUAUUGAGCCCUCCCGGCCAUUCCCUCCUUCCUUCCCUCCUUCUUCUGGGUCAUUCCUCUCCACCCAGAAGGCUGGGAAUCCCAGCUGAUUCCCCCAUAGGAGCUGACCUUAGAGAUGACUCCAGGGCUUUAGCUCUGAUUUUCCAUCAGGGAUAAAUGUUCCCUAUUAGGACUUUGAGUCCCUGGAGAGCUCUUCCUGGUGGUGGUGGUGGUGGUGGUGGUCUCCUGAAUGUUGAGGGACGAGUUAGAGAACAACCUCCAGUGAGUGAACCAGGGUCAUCAGUUCAUUCAUUAACUUCAUGAGUAGCUGAAACAUACAGGCACUGUGUCAGGUUCUGCAGAAGGAGGAGGAACAAAGACGGAGUGAGGAGAACAUUUCCUGGUUUUCAUUCCUUCAGGCCACAGACAUCAGCAGCCCUACCUGGUUCACCUGAGCAGAGGGACUGCAUCCUGGCCCAGGGGCCCCAGGCCAUUCAGCUUCUGGAAUCCUUAAGUGUGUGAAUCCUUUUAACUGAGAAAUAGCUUCGUGGCCAACCCUGGAUAACAUUUGCCACUGAGUGAAGAUGCUGGAUCUAGGGUCCCAGGCAGACACCAUCCCAAGUUCAUCAGGAACUUUCAGAGUCAGCUGCCUCCGGGCCAGCAUCCCUAGGGGGGAUUGUAUAAUAGCAGUCUGAGGUCAUCGUGUAGAAGAUAAGGAGUCUUCGGGUUUUGCUGCCAAAUGCAUCACUGGUCUUAAGUCAUUGUGUCUUGCUUAUCCAUCAUAGCCCCCCCCCCCCACUCCACCAGUGGGGACUGGGAGGGAAAGCAGCUCCUACUUUUAACAUCAAAUCUUUCCUGUGAAUCAGCCUCUCUCCCUGGCAGGUGUGGAUCAAAGAGCUGGGAGAAACUUGGCAAGGUCCACCUGAUGCCCAGCUCCCACUGAGACCCAGGUCUGGUGGCAAUUUCUGGCAGAUUGAAGGAGGCUAUUUCCAAAGCAGGUGCCGCCUGGCUCACUGUGAGCUCUGGCUCUUGCUCCCACCUUAUGCCCCAAACAAUUGGAAAUUGGUGGUUAUCUCCAGAUGGUGAGUUUCCUGCCAGUAGCUCAGGGAACCUGAAUGAACCCUAGGCCCAGGUCUACUGAAGACUUCAGGAUAUAAUUUUCCAUCCAACGUACAGCUCUGCACUGUUUGGUCAGUUUCAAAAAGCUUAGAAAAGUAGACAAAGAUGUGGCCCCUGUCCCGGCCUACCACAAGUCUGCUGGCUUUGUAAUAACAUGCGACUCUUGGUUCUUGGUGUCAGGACUGUUUGAUUCGGAGCUGUCUCUCCCACCUGCUCUCCCAGGGCAAAGAUGCGGGGGUAGUUUCCAGAAGGGCGCUCCUUACAAGAUGCCCAGAAAGACUGUGUGUAACCCCUGCUAUUUGGGGCCUGGGGUUAGCCUCCCCUUCCCCAGGGCACACGAGAGCAAAGGGUCACAUGGUCAGUGGACAACUCAGCAGGAGUGACUCCCUUUGCCAGAAGCUGUGGUCCUCUCCUCCAGAGGGAGCUCUUGUCGGUUGGAGGGCCUGCUUCCUGUGGGCAUUGCAAGUGCCACUGUGCGGGGCCUGGCUCUGCACACCCAGGAAACAGUCUGCAGACCCCCAGCCCUCCGCAAUAAUUCACCAGACCAGAAGCCACUGAUGUACAGAGAACACUUAAGAAAAAUGUAUUUUAUGUGAAAAAAAAAGUUAAAACUCUGUAUACUGUAUCAGCAGCUUUGUGUAAAAAUGGCAAUCAAGAGAGUCUAAUAUAUUUAAAACUUUUUUUAAAAAAAAAUAUCCUCAUGGAUCUUUGAUAUUGUAUUGAAUAACUUCCUGGUAACUCCUUGCCAUGUGGCAGCGGUGGGUCUCAUGUCCAAGACUGGGCCCAGCCACAUCCCCAAGGGGCGCAUGCCCCUGGAGUUGCUUCCAGCUGCCAAGGCCUGUGACAGA